AUACUUCAAAACACCACAAUGGUCUCUGUUGACUACUCGCCUCUCCAGGAGGAACUCUUCAAAUUAUAUCGUGAAUACCGAGAAACAAAGUCCAUCGACAACAAGGCCUUCUUUUUCUCUCAAGAAUGCCGUCAAAUAUGUCGCACAGACCCAGACUAUGCCGCAAAAGACAGAGACACCAUUCUCCACUUCCUGCGUGAAUCUGGCGAAGUUCUCCAGAGAAUCUACCGCGAAGCGGGAUGGGACAUUAGUGAAAUGGAUCCAGCUUCUGUAAGAAGCUUCUAUACAAUGCGACCCCUCAACGAAAGCGAAAAAGACGAUUUUGCAACGAUCAGGGAAUUGGCUCCCGCUGGCUUCACAUCUUUGGAGGAUGUUCGCGACAAAGCAGAGGUUGAGAAGUGGGAGGGGCUUAGAGUCAAUAUGUGGACGGAGGAUAAUAAAGGAAGAGGGAUUUUGGUCAAAGUGCAGUAUUGGUGGCGGAAAGAGGAGAAGGAUGACGGCGCGUGGAAGCAGAUAUUACAUGAUAUCAUGUUCUUAGGGCCUGUUGAUGGAACUGAGAACGAUGGAGGAGGUAUUUUGGUAGAGGACUAAGCAGCCUCAGAUUAUUCCAGGUUAUUUCUCAACCGUGUUUGUCGGGCGAAAGGUAAAACCUGCGUGAGGAUAUUUCAGUGCUUGGUGCCCUGUAAGUGCCCUGUAACCUGACUGCUGUUGGUAAAACUGUGACUGCCUGGCCAACCGCUGUUGGUCGGAACGGGAGCAAAUAAACAGAGAUCCCCCUGCCGCCAUUUGCACCAAGAAUAGUCG